GAAAAUAAGGCAAAAAACCCCCCAUUCUCCCAUCGGUGGGCAAAAAAGUGCAGCUUUUUGAAGUAUCCGUCCAGCAACCCAGCGAUCGUGUCCGUUUGAUAAGCCAAGCGCGAAGUGUUGUGCGCCGUGAACUUUGGGCCGUGACCGGGACGAAGCACCCCCUCAUAUACGGUGGACGACGCAAUGGUCGAGCGGGAGAUCAAUUGCGACUGAGACGAUAAACACGAGCGCACCACACGGUUGCACAGCAGGAGUUAGUACAUUUCACUGUGACGGGGAAAGUCACCAGCGACUGGACUGGCAGGUUCGAGCCCGAUCCGAAAUCGAUCCGCAGAAUCCGAGGGUGGUGCUUACCGCCGCUUAACUGACCGCUCUGUGUUCUCUUCGCUGUUAUGCAGUUCGAGAUGCGAUACCUAACGAGCCACUUUAAUGCCCUCGCCUGCUGCUGUUCGCUACUGCUUUUGCCGCUGGGUGAUUUCGCCGACGCGGACGGAAGCGGUGGCACGGUGACGCGCAACCAGCAGCAGCAGCACCCGUCACCGUCUGCCUAUCAACCGAAAGCCAAUCAACCGGCAUCGAUGCACUACCAUCAUCAGCAACAGCAGCAGCAGCAACACAACCAUCAACAGCAGCCACCGGACGCAAUGCCCUCGUACCACCAUCCGACGCAGCAACCACCCGGCGGGAUUGGCCACAAGGCGAAGCAACUGGCGGCCGGCAGCAGUGGCCCCAAUCAGCAGGCACAGCCGGCCAUCGCCUCGCUGGCCGCGUCGCAGCAACACCAGCAGCAGCAGCAGCUCCAGCAACAGCCACAGUCUGGCAAUCCGCGGCCACUGGAAACCCGCAACUCGUAUGCCGUCCUGAGCCAAGCGAUGUCGCAGGCGGUACACCACGAAUUCGGGACGUACGGGAGCGGCGCGAUGGUGGGCGGCGACGCCGGAUCCUGCUCGAUAGACGACAUCGACUGCCUGGCGCACCACGACCAGCUCGGCAUGGAGGCGAUCCGUUCGCUGCACCGGCAGCUCGAUGACGACGAUAACGGUGACAUUGAUCUAUCCGAAUCGGACGACUUUUUGCGUGAGGAACUCAAAUACGACUCCGGGUAUGAGAAGCGGCACAAAGCGUUCCACUUCAACGACGACAUGCACAUCUCGGUGAAGGAGCUGUGGGAAGCCUGGCUGCGCUCGGAGGUGCACAACUGGACGGUGGACCAAACGACCGAGUGGCUGGCGCAGAGCGUCCAGCUGCCGCAGUACGUGCAUCUGUUCCGGCUGCACAAGGUGACCGGUAAGGUGCUGCCGAGGCUCGCGGUCAACAACAUGCACUACGUGAGCAACGUGCUGGGCAUCAAGGAUCCCAUCCACAAGCAGAAGAUCGCCCUGAAAGCGAUGGACGCGGUGCUGUUCGGUCCGCCGCGAGAAACUGGAACCAGGUGGAAGGAUUUGCUCCUCGUAACGCUGCUGCUAACGGCCAUCAUAGGCAGCUGGUAUGCCUAUCACCAGAACAAGAGCGCCAAAAUACACAUUCGCCGCAUGGCAAAAGACGUGGAGGGUCUGCUGAAGGCGGAAGUGGCACUGAAAGAAAUGCAAAAGGAGCUCGAACAGGCGCGGAUCGAGCAAGAGAACGUUGGAAAGGAGAAGAUGGACCUCGAGCGGCGGUUGCGCGAGGCGCCCACGCUCACCUCCUCUAGCUCCGACCUGGAGCUGCAGCAGCUGAAGCAGGAGAUCGAGGUGCUGCGCUCCGAGUUGAACCGGGCCGAGGUAGAGAUCCACGACCACUGUUGGACACCACCGCAGGGCCUUCAGAGCUGGCUGCAGCUGACGUACGAGCUCGAGAACAAGCACCACAUCCGCAAGCGCAUCAUGGCGGAGAAGCAGCUCGAGCAGGCGCGGGAAGCAUGCGAAAAGCUACGCAAGAAGCGCUCCAGCCUGGUCGGCGCGUUCGUUUCCACGCACGGCAAAAGCAUCGACGACGUGGACCGGAGCAUCGUCGAGGCGCGGAACGCACUUAAUGACGUCACGAACGACCUGCAAGAGCGGAUGCACCGCUGGAAGCAGAUCGAAACGAUGCUCGGCUUCAGCAUCGUCAACAACAGCGGCAUCGCGCACCUGGAGAACCUGCUGUACAACCGGAACGGCGUGGCCGGCAAGACCUAUAGAUCAGCCCGACUGUCGAGCAGCCAGGACGAUCUGGACGAUGAUUCUGUGCAAGGUUACUUCGAGGCGAACAGCCGGGGAACGCGUGACGAUUCUUCCGCCAGCGACGAAGGCGGCGACCGUGAGCGCGACACGGUGACGUUCUUCCUCGGCGGCUGCCCGUCCACCUCGAACCUGCAGAUGAGCGCCCUCAACACGCUCAACACCGGCAUCAUCACGUCGAGUACGGCCGCCGCGUUCACCGGCACGCCGACGACGGCCGCCGCCGCCGCCACCACUCCGACCUCGCUCGGCUACGGCUCCAUGCCGGCGCACACCAACAACAGCAGCAGCAGCAACCUGAGCCACCUGGCGAACUUCUCGCUACCGGCGGCCUACACCGGUCUGCCGUCGUCCUCGUCGUCCCUGUACGGUGGCACGACGCCGACACCGUACAGCCCGAUGCCGUCCGGGCGCGAUUCCUGCGUCGGUGACAGCUCGCAAAGUCUGUACACCGACGAGUGCCAGGUGUCGUCGUCGUCGUCGCUAGCACUGACCGACCGGAUCGUGCCGCCCCGGGUAAAGAAGGCUCCGGCCAAGCUGCCCCAGACGGUACCGAGUAUGGUCGGUAAGGCGCCGAUGCCGCCGCCCCGGAAAACGCUGUCCUCGCAGAGCCUCCUACAAAUGGCCCGAUCUGAUAGCGCGGACCUGGUCGCCCUGGAACCCCCAACGAUACCUGUUCCAGCGUCAGCUUCAGCUGUCUCGCCGCCAGCAGCGUUCGUCGCCCUGGCCCACCACCAGCAGCAGCAGCAGCAGCAGCAACAACAUCUACCGCAGCUACAGCAGCAGCAGCAGCUCCUCGACGCUCAAGCUGUCCAGCAGCAGCAGCAGCAGCCGAAGGAGGCUGUGGCCGCUCGGCGGGGGGCAGGGCACGGCAUUGGCUACGCUGGGAGCCACCAGCAGCAGCAGCUUUCGGCGCUGGCCUUCGGAGACCCAGUCGUUGCCGGCGGUUACGGUGGAGUGCAGCAACAGCAGCAGCAGCAACAGCAGCAGCAACAAUAUCAGCAGCAUCCCGAUGACGCCGGCUCGACGGACUCGUCCCUCUUCGACGAGGACGUUAAGAAGCAGCGAACCCGAAAGCUGUUCUCGUUCGGCAAGCGCUUCAGCAAAUCCAAGAAGCAACAGUAGCAGCAGCAGCACCAGCAGCAGCAACAACAGCGCCGCUAGCGAUACGGGCACGAUCACGAACGACUGUGACCCGCAGCGAUGCCAGCUGCACCACCGGGGGGGAGAAGGACUCGCGCGACGGCGCCGUUGCCGGCGCUGGUCCGGACCGUCGGAUGCCGUGUCCGAGCGCGCUGCCCGCUUCCGGCAAAGGAAUUCUCUGCCCACGCUCGCCCAGCGGUAACGACAGCACAACACGGGCACACCGAACCGCCGUGGCGGGAUGCACAUUCAUCAACCCUCCCCCCUCCCAACAACCUUCACCUCCGUUAUCUAGGUUUAAUGUGAAAAGUGAGCAGAAAAGGUUAGGCGACAGUUGAUCGCGUCGAGGGUUCAAGAAGGCGGCGACAGCCAACUUGACAGCAUUCACCCAAACGAAGAGAGCAAGCAAACGGUUCCUGAACAAGCGCAUGAUUGAGCAUAUACAUGGCCAGCCAAAAAUACGAGCGCAACUAAUGCCCCCCGUUGUGCUCAAUCCUUGACACAACGAAACGUUGACCGUUAUUUAUUCAGUAGUGUGAUAAAGCCCUUCCCAACGCAAGCAGAUUAGAAUCAGUGGGAGUGAAGUGGUGGUUCAGAAGGAUGACUUUUGACUGUAUCAACUAUUUCUCCUGCCACUUCCUUCCCCGUGUGCUUGCGAAGCCCAAAACAAAGUAAUGCUUCUCUCGAAAUUUUGUUUGAAAUGCGCUACACUUAGCGAAGCACAUGACUUGAGUUUAAGUGGUUUAUAAAAGAAAAAUUAGUCCUAUUGAGGAUGCCAAGACGAGGUGGCCUCGAUGUGGCGCUUCAAGUGUAGAAGAGAGUAGCCAAAAUACUGCACAGAACAUUGUACACACAAAAACGCUCCUAAAACAAAAACACACACAAUAUGAGUAACAAAGCGAAACAUUAUCUGAAAAGUCUGACAAAAAUUGUAGGAAAAUAAGUGGAAUCAAGAAAAAAACAAACGAGAUAGCAUGUGAGGUAACGCAUACGAGUAUACACGUCUACGACUACUACUUCUAUUGCUAUUGCACUUAGGAGGGUUUAACCCUUUCAAUUCAAUGAACAAGCAAACGACCAUAUAUAGGAUACAGAUAGCAUAACGUCAUUAAAAAGGAAGAGAGUACGAGUACUGUUUCCGUCCGCGCCUGGCCCCGGUGCGUUUCCGUUUUAUAAUAGCCAUCAGAACAGUCUCCACGAGCAUGGCUUGACAAAUUAAAAUCUAACGUUAGCAUGUGUGGAAUAAGCAUCAUUGUUAUUAAAUGCGAACAAAUUUUAAAACUUUCAUGGUGGACUCAACUAAUUCAAGAAUGUUAUAAAUAAAUUGGAAAAGCACACGGAGCGUCGGAGCGAGCGAAACGAAACGUUACGAGCGAAAAAGUGAGCGACAAAAACCGGACUGUGGACGUUUUUUGAGAUAGCGACGAUGCUGUAAGACAGAGAAGAAAAACAACAAAACCCAAAAUGAAACAAUAGUUGUUACACUAAGAGCAGUCCAAUCUGUUUAGAUGUUUUUUGUUCCCCCCCUUUUGUCGUGUACACUGUCCUUUAGCUGGUGUUAGAUUAAUCCGUUCCUAUCAGUUACUUAUUUAAUUUGUAGUUUACUUAUUUAGACUAGCUCUCCUU